UCUGUCACUGCCAUCUCGGCUGAACGGAGACUGUUCAUUCCCAGCCACGCUGCAUGUAAGGGGUGUGUGUGUGUGGGAGGGGGGGUGGACAGCACACGUUUGACUUUGUUCAAGUCCAAUUUCACAGAGGAAUAUUCUUUUUUCAUUUGUUUUCUUCUUCACGACCUCCAAAGGAUCGGCAAGAACGAGGAAAAGAAAUUUUGCUUUUGAGAGAGCACACUGACAUAAAACACAAUGGUGGCUGGAAUGCUGAUGCCCAUGCGGGAACUGAGGGCCAUCUAUGAGAUCCUGUUUCGAGAUGGUGUCAUGGUGGCCAAGAAGGACAAGAGGCCUCAGACCAUGCACCCUGAGCUGGAAGGUGUGAGAAACCUACAAGUCAUCCGAGCCAUGGUGUCUCUCAAGUCUCGGGGCUAUGUGAAGGAGACAUUUGUCUGGAGACAUUUCUACUGGUACCUGACCAAUGAGGGCAUUGUGUACCUGCGUGACUACCUCCACCUGCCCCCUGAGAUUGUCCCCGCCUCCCUGCAAAGGAUGAAGAAGCCCGUCGCCACCAUGGCCUUUGGCCACCGGGGUGCACAUGUCCAAUCUGUGGACGGUCCUACAUCUUAUGUUCCCAAACCAGGACGCCGGGGCGAGGCGGAGAGCCAAGAGUCUCUGACUGAGCGUCACGGCUACCGCCAUACGACGAUGGGUCCCGGAGAAAAAGAGAGCUCCUCUGACAGCACCCCCAGGUUUAGGGGUCGCCCUCUGGCUGCAGAGCCAGUCAGGCCCAAAGCAUCAUGGGAGGUGGAGGACCAGCCUCAGCCUCUGUUAAGUAGUCGAGGGAGCAGCUUUAGAAGUGAGGCAGCGGUGGUAGAGGAGAGCAAAGUGAGAAGAUUCUCUCGCCAGCAUCCCGAUGGGAGCAGUGAGCGGUCAGCAGCAACAUCACAGGAGAGAAGAGUGUCUGAAGUCCAGAAGGAGAGGCCACCGACGUCGGUCCAGGUGGAGAGAGCAGCGUGGAAACAGGACGCGCCGCAGACCUCUCUGUCAUCAGUGUCUUCCAAGACGGCUCUACCAUUCACCAGAGCUUCAGGUGGUGCGACAUCAAAGAAUCCAGCUCAACCCUCCUCUCCGAAAACAAAUAAAGAGGAGCUCACGAUCGCUGAUGAACAGGUGUCCACGAAGCCUGGUUAUGUUGUAACAAGCAUCUCAGCUAUCACAACUCUUCCUGACGCAGAGAUCAAAGAGGAGAAGACACUAAAGGUGGCCAUGGAUCCAAUGAGACCUGCAGAGGUCAAGGCAACAGCUGAAACAGCAAAUUAUAAAGCAAAGCCCCAAACGGUUGAAACAAUGGCCGCUGCUGCGAAAAACACCGCCACAAAACCUGCCAAUAAAGAUGUCAAGGAAGAGAAGACUAAAAAGGUGAUUGUUGAUCCAGUUAAAUCUUCAGAGGUCAAGGCUUCAGCUAAAACAGCCACUGAUGACAUGAAGGUUCAGGCAGUUAUCACAAAGGUUUCUGCUCAGGAAACCUCCAAACUCCAUGCUGCCACUUCCACUUCCACCACUGUUAUCACACAACUAGUCACAAAUGAGUUCAAGGAAGAGAAGACUAAAGAGACAAUUGUUGAUCCAGUUAAAUCUUCAGAGGUCAAGGCUUCAGCUAAAACAGCCACUCAUUACAUGAAGGCCCAGACAGUUAGUACAGUGUCUGCUGUUCAGGAAACCUCCAAACUCUCUGCUGCCACUUCCACUUCCACCACUGUCAUCACACAACCUGCCAAUAAAGAUGUCAAGGAAGAGAAGACGAAAAAAGUGAUCGUUGAUCCAGUUAAAUCUGCAGAGGUCAAGGCUUCAGCUAAAACAGAAACUGAUGACAUGAAGGCCCAGCCAGUUAUCACAAAAGCUUCAGCUCAGGAAACCUCCAAACUCUCUGCUGCUACUUCCAAUUCCACCACUGUCUUCACACAACUAGUGACAAAAGAUGCAAAUGAAGAGAGGACAAAAAAGAUAAUUGUUGAUCCAGUUAAAUCUUCAGAGGUCAAGGCUACAGCUAAAACAGCCACUGAUGACAUGAAGGCCCAGACAGUAAGUACUGUGCCUGCUGCUCAGGAGACCUUCAAGCUCCUUUCUGCCAUUUCCACUUCCACUUCCGCCACUGUCAUCACAAAACCUGUCAAUAAAGAUGUCAAGGAAAAGAAAACUACUAAGGUGAUUGUUGAUCCAGUUAAAUCUUCAGAGGUCAAGGCUUCAGCUAAAACAGCCACUGAUGACAUGAAGGCCCAGACAGUUAUCGCAAAGGCUUCAGCUCAGGAAACCUCCAAACUCUCUGCUGCCACCUCCACUUCCACCACUGUCAUCACACAACUAGUGACAAAAGAUGUCACGGAAGAGAAGACUAAAAAGGUGAUUAUUGAUUCAGAGGUCAAGGUUUCCGCUAAAACAGCCACUGAUGACAUGAAGGCCCAGACAGUUAUCGCAAAGGCUUCAGCUCAGGAAACCUCCAAACUCUCUGCUGCCACCUCCACUUCCACCACUGUCAUCACACAACUAGUGACAAAAGAUGUCACGGAAGAGAAGACUAAAAAGGUGAUUAUUGAUUCAGAGGUCAAGGUUUCCGCUAAAACAGCCACUGAUGACAUGAAGGCCCAGACAGUUAUCGCAAAGGCUUCAGCUCAAGAAACCUCCAAACUCUCUGCUGCCACUUCCACUUCCACCACUGUCAUAACAAAACUAGUCAAAAAAGAUGCAAAUGAAGAGAGGACAAAAAAGACGAUUGUUGGUCCAGUUAAAUCGUCAGAGGUCAAGGCUUCAGCUAAAACCACAACUGAUGACAUGAAGGCCCAGACAGUUAUCGCAAAGGCUUCAGCUCAGGAAACCUCCAAACUCUCUGCUGCCACCUCCACUUUCACCACUGUCAUCACACAACUAGUGACAAAAGAUGUCACGGAAGAGAAGACUAAACAGGUGAUUGUUUAUCCAGUUAAACCUGCAGAGGUCAAAGCUACAGCUCAAACAGCCACUGAUGACAUGAAGGCCCAUCCCGGUAUUACAGUGCCUGCUGCUCAGGAAACCUCCAAAUUCCCUGCUGCCACUCCCAUCCCUGUCAUCACAACACACGUCAAAGGAGAGAAGCCUAGAAGAGCAAAGGUUAAUGAGGAACCAGUUAAACCGGCAGAACCGAAGGCCCCAGUUGAAGUCAAAAUGGAUGUUGAGAGGGCCAAGACAACUGCUCAAGUAACUGUCAACCAGGAGUCCACCAAACCACAGCCCAGCAGUACCACCAGUGAGGCAGUGAAGGAGAUCUCUAAAGUAAAAGAGACCCAGGAGACCACCAAACCACAGCCCAGCAGUACCAUCAGUGAGGCAGUGAAGGAGAUCUCUAAAGUAAAAGAGACUCAGGAGACCACCAAACCACAGCCCAGCAGUACCACCAGUGAGGCAGUGAAGGAGAUCUCUAAAGUAAAAGAGACCCAGGAGACCACCAAACCACAGCCCAGCAGUACCAGCAGUGAGGCAGUGAAGGAGAUCUCUAAAGUAAAAGAGACCAAGGAGACCACCAAACCACAGCCCAGCAGUACCACCAGUGAGGCAGUGAAGGAGAUCUCUAAAGUAAAAGUCACCCAGGAGACCACCAAACCACAGCCUAGCAGUACCACCAGUGAUGCAGUGAAGGAGAUCUCUAAAGUAAAAGAGACACAGGAGUCCACCAAACCACAGCCCAGCAGUACCACCAGCGAGGCAGUGAAGGAGAUCUCUAAAGUAAAAGAGACCCAGGAGACCACCAAACCACAGCCUAGCAGGACCAUCAGCGAGGCAGUGAAGGAGAUCUCUAAAGUAAAAGUGACCCAGGAGACCACCAAACCACAGCCUAGCAGUACCACCAGUGAGGCAGUGAAGGAGAUCUCUAAAGUAAAAGUGACCCAGGAGACCACCAAACCACAGCCCAGCAGUACCUUAAGCGAGGCAGUGACGGAGAUCUCUAAAGUAAAAGUCACCCAGGAGACCACCAAACCACAGCCUAGCAGUACCACCAGUGAGGCAGUGAAGGAGAUCUCUAAAGUAAAAGAGACCCAGGAGACCACCAAACCACAGCCCAGCAGUACCUUAAGCGAGGCAGUGAAGGAGAUCUCUAAAGUAAAAGAGACCAAGGAGACCACCAAACCACAGCCCAGCAGUAGCACCAGCGAGGCAGUGAAGGAGAUCUCUAAAGUAAAAGUCACCCAGGAGACCACUAAACCACAACCUAGCAGUACCACCAGUGAGGCAGUGAAGGAGAUCUCUAAAGUAAAAGUCACCCAGGAGACCACCAAACCACAACCUAGCAGUACCACCAGUGAUGCAGUGAAGGAGAUCUCUAAAGUAAAAGAGACCCAGGAGACCACCAAACCACAGCCCAGCAGUACCACCAGUGAGGCAGUGAAGGAGAUCUCUAAAGUAAAAGUCACCCAGGAGACCACCAAACCACAGCCCAGCAGUACCUUAAGCGAGGCAGUGAAGGAGAUCUCUAAAGUAAAAGUCACCCAGGAGACCACCAAACCACAACCUAGCAGUACCACCAGUGAGGCAGUGAAGGAGAUCUCUAAAGUAAAAGUGACCCAGGAGACCACCAAACCACAGCCCAGCAGUACCUUAAGCGAGGCAGUGAAGGAGAUCUCUAAAGUAAAAGAGACCAAGGAGACCACCAAACCACAGCCCAGCAGUACCACCAGUGAGGCAGUGAAGGAGAUCUCUAAAGUAAAAGAGACCCAGGAGACCACCAAACCACAGCCCAGCAGUACCACCAGCGAGGCAGUGAAGGAGAUCUCUAAAGUAAAAGUCACCCAGGAGACCACUAAACCACAACCUAGCAGUACCACCAGUGAUGCAGUGAAGGAGAUCUCUAGAGUAAAAGAGACCCAGGAGACCACCAAACCACAACCUAGCAGUACCACCAGUGAUGCAGUGAAGGAGAUCUCUAAAGUAAAAGAGACCCAGGAGACCACCAAACCACAGCCCAGCAGUACAACCAGCGAGGCAGUGAAGGAGAUCUCUAAAGUAAAAGUGACCCAGGAGACCACCAAACCACAGCCCAGCAGUACCUUAAGCGAGGCAGUUAAGGAGAUCUCUAAAGUAAAAGAGACCCAGGAGACCACCAAACCACAGCCCAGCAGUACCUUAAGCGAGGCAGUGAAGGAGAUCUCUAAAGUAAAAGAGACCCAGGAGUCCACCAAACCACAGCCCAGCAUUACCACCAGUGAGGCAGUGAAGGAGAUCUCUAAAGUAAAAGAGACCCAGGAGACCACCAAACCACAGCCCAGCAGUACCACCAGCAAGGCAGUGAAGGAGAUCUCUAAAGUAAAAGUGACCCAGGAGACCACCAAACCACAGCCCAGCAGUACCUUAAGCGAGGCAGUGAAGGAGAUCUCUAAAGUAAAAGAGACCCAGGAGUCCACCAAACCACAGCCCAGCAUUACCACCAGUGAGGCAGUGAAGGAGAUCUCUAAAGUAAAAGAGACCCAGGAGACCACCAAACCACAGCCCAGCAGUACCACCAGCAAGGCAGUGAAGGAGAUCUCUAAAGUAAAAGUCACCCAGGAGACCACCAAACCACAGCCUAGCAGUACCACCAGCGAGGCAGUGAAGGAGAUCUCUAAAGUAAAAGAGACACAGGAGUCCACCAAACCACAGCCCAGCAGUACCACCAGCGAGGCAGUGAAGGAGAUCUCUAAAGUAAAAGUGACCCAGGAGACCACCAAACCACAGCCCAGCAGUACCUUAAGCGAGGCAGUGAAGGAGAUCUCUAAAGUAAAAGAGACACAGGAGUCCACCAAACCACAGCCCAGCAGUACCUUAAGCGAGGCAGUGAAGGAGAUCUCUAAAGUAAAAGUGACCCAGGAGACCACCAAACCACAGCCCAGCAGUACCACCAGUGAGACAGUGAAGGAGAUCUCUAAAGUAAAAGUGACCCAGGAGACCACCAAACCACAGCCUAGCAGUACCACCAGUGAGGCAGUGAAGGAGAUCUCUAAAGUAAAAGUGACCCAGGAGACCACCAAACCACAGCCCAGCAGUACCUUAAGCGAGGCAGUGAAGGAGAUCUCUAAAGUAAAAGAGACCCAGGAGAUCACCAAACCACAGCCCAGCAGUACAACCAGUGAGACAGUGAAGGAGAUCUCUAAAGUAAAAGAGACCCAGGAGACCACCAAACCACAGCCUAGCAGUACCACCAGCGAGACAGUGAAGGAGAUCUCUAAAGUAAACGUCACCCAGGAGCCCGUUGGGACCAAAGUGACUUCACUGAAUCUCUCAUCAAAGCCCAAAACUGAUGAAGCUCCCCAGAAAACCACGACGAAAGACGAACACACAGAGCCAGAAGAGGUGCUUAAAGUCUCCGUGCAGGGUGUCACACCCCCUCAACUCAAGAACGCUGCAGAGGAAUCUUCAAAGGGUAAAAAGAAAGGGAGGGGGAAGAAGCCGGCUCAGGCAGCGGCAUCAGACACCGUAAACACAAAGCCUGUGUUUUCGGCUUCGGCCUGCCCUGACAUUACGCCGUCGCCCAAGGGCACUGUUAAAGACGGCCGUGUCACCACCUCCGAAGUGCCUGAACUGAGCGUUUCUGCAGAGAAGACCCCCGAAAGAAUGUGCAAUGUGCAGCAGGAAGCCGGGCAGGCAGCAGCAGCGGCGGCAGCAGCUGUGGUCUGUGAGGCCCCGGCAGACAAAGGGGAGGUGGAGCCACCGGGGCUCUCUGCAGGAAAAGUCAAGCGGGAGGUUCCGAAAGCAAAAACUUCCUCCACUGCGAGGGAAGCGCCCGCAGUCGGAGGAUUUGCGUCAGCGGCGAGAGCGGAGGCAGAGGCAGAGGCAGCUGCAGCUCAAACACGGGCCGGCCCACUUGGCAAGCGACAGGAGCCUCCCAGAGUUGCACAACGUUCAGCCCGUCAGGCAGCAGAGCGCAGCACAGAGAAAAGCCUCUCUUUGGUCGAGGCCUCGCAGCAGAAGGGAGAGACGAAGAAGAAGAAGGAGAAGGACUCGGCGGAGGACACACCCUCUGCCACCGCCACACCCGCCGCAGCCGCUGCCAAGCUUGACCAGCUUCGCCUAUCGGACACCUGCCGGUCAGUCGGCCGCGAGGCAGACGAAGCCGCCAUGAAGAGGAAAAUCGUAGUGGUUGAGGAGAUCGUGGAGGUGAAGCAGGUCAUUCGUCCAGAGGACGCCGGGGAGCAGCCCGCUCCUCCACCUGCACAACCCGAGGAGGAGGAGGAGGAGGAACUGGACCUGGAUGUUCUGGAAGAACUCGCCAUAGAGCGGGCGUUUUUUGCGGCGACGCUGCCGGGGUCCAGGGUGCGAGGGGCCUCACCUGAGGGAACCUGGGACCACUCGCUGGACGAGCCAGAGGAGAAGACAUGGCCACACUUCAUUGAAGCUGGGAUCCCACCUUUCUUUGAAGUGUGGGAGGUCUUAGGUCGGGUGCUCGCUGAGGGCUCUUCUGUCGCCCCUCCGCAUUGCCGCGCGGUAAUCUCCGGGGCUAUCCCCGACUGUUUGCCCAAUGAGAUUAUGCAGACCUGCAGACAUUCCAGCGAGGUGGGGCUGUUUGCUGAGAUUCAGCCUCGCCUCUUCCCCGCAGAGACGCUGUGGUGUGUGAGCCAGAGGCUUCACACAGGGAGCGGCGCCCCGAGCAGCGUCAUGGGUCUGGAUUGA